CCCCCCUGUGCUGUCUGAGUGUGCCAAAAGGGCAUCACGUGACCUUUCCCAAAAGCCGAGCUUUGACCACCACACCCCGCCAAGGAGCAGUCACUCUCUCUUGGCAUUUUGCCCUGUCGCCGCUUUGCGGGCGUUUUUGGCCUUCUCUCGGACUCCACUACUACGUGUGACGAACGACCGACGACGAACCUCACCUACCUACCUACCUACCUUGCUUGCGGUGGUCAACUCUGACUCUUUUCCACCACCACCACCAAUUAACACGACAACCUCGAACGAUCUACAAUGUCAGCUCUUCGCACCACCCUCCUCCCCCUGACCCGCAGGGCGGCGGGAUUGGCGACGACUACAAGCAAGCGGGCGUUCUCCGCGACGGCGGCAAAGAAGGGGGGCCACAGCCCCCAGUACGACCCGCCGACGGGGUGGCUUUUCGGUGUGAAGCCUGGGGAGAAGUAUGUCAACGAGGGGUGGGAGAAUCUGUACUUUUAUGGGUUUUUGGGGAGUUUUGUUGUUUUCGGGGUUGCUUAUGCUUGGAAGCCCGAUACCUCCAUCCAAACCUGGGCUCUCGAAGAGGCGAGGAGGAGAUUAGAAGCCGAGGGCAUCCUUGAGGAUCCCGACCACAAGAAGAACUAG